CAGAUUUCCCACCUCUCAUUUUUUAGAAACUCACUCAACGCCAUCUCACAAUGACUUCUUCAUUCUGGUACGCUUAGCAAGGAGAGGGAGAGACCUGUCCGAGUUGUUGUCCCCUUGUGUCCCUUGUGCGUUGGUAGCGUGAGGGAACAAUUCUUCAUUGAUGUCUAAUUGCCUAGCCAAACAGCCUACGGUCAUCUUCUUUCUUGCGCGUUGGAGAGGUUCAGAAUAGAAAACUAACCCUUUUUAUAUGAUCAAAAUAGUGAGCUAGUGUAGGAAGAACACCAAGAAAAUCCCACAUCACCUUAGCCUCCCUUCUUCUCCCUAUGCGUGACAAGGAACCAUGUUUGCAUCCCUUUGUUCCAUUAUCUUCUCUAAACUGUGAACCCAUGGGGAGAGAGAGCAGAAACACUUAAGCACAUUCCAUAUUCCUCCCUUGCUUCAGUCGAGCAGCAGCAAUUAGGGAGCUGCAACAGAAAGCUCAUUCUGCAUUUUCUUCUUUGUUGGCCGAAGACCAACCUUCAUGGAGGCAUGCAUUUAGAUUUUGACUUCUUGGGAUGUUGGAGGGUGAUGGGCCACUCCUUGUUCGCUGGUGGACUCGGUGUGCAGUCAAAGAGAUUGUGAAUCUGCUGUGUUUGGACUUUGAGCUGUGGACUCUUGGCUUUGGGUGUUAGCUUGCAAGAGUCAUGGAAAGGUCUGGGAGAACACGAGAGACUUCUGAGGAUCAACCCGAUCCUAUCCUGACUGCAUUGGCCGAGAUGCAGGCGGCUAGAUUAGCCGAUCAGGAGGCCACUAGAUUGGCCAACGCGGCAAUGACGGAUGUUGUUCGCGAGGCAAACUCGAUAGCCGCAGAAGAGGUUCGUGAAGCGAACCGGAGGACCACUGAGGAUUUCCUCGAGGCGAACAGGAUGGCGAACAUGACUAUGAUGAGAGUCAUGUUGGAGGAGAUGAAGGCUGGUCCUGCUGUAGGCCAGGCACCUCCGCCACCACCGCCACCACCGCCACCACCGCCGCCGCCUCCACCUAGUGUUCAGGAUGAGAGCCUGAGUCACUUUGGCAGUGCUGCUCAUGUCGCGGAGACGAGGGUGACUCUUUUAAAGCCUGCUGAGUAUCGUGAUGUGAUAGAUCGCCGGCUGAAUGCUUUCAGGAAGCAUAAGCCACCUGUGUUUGAGGGGUCUUUGGAUCCUAUUGCUGCUGCAAGAUGGCUGGAGUCGCUAGACAAGAUAUUUUGGGUCAUGCAGUGUACAGACCCACAUAAGCUGAUGUUCUCGACUUCCAUGCUGGAGGGCGAUGCCCAUGAGUGGUGGACGAACACCUCUCGUGCUUAUGAGAUGCAGGGUCGUGUCAUGAUGUGGCCAUUCUUUGAGGAGUGCUUUUUGGGUAGAUACUUUCCCUACGAUGCGCAGGAGAGGAAGCAGGGGGAGUUUGAUAGACUGGUUCAGGGCUCGAUGUCUGUUGACGAGUACCUGGCCAAGUUCAAUGAGCUGGUGAAGUUUGCGCACUUCCGGAUGGUUCCUCCUACUCCGAUGUUUCUGGCUGCUAAGUUCCGCAGAGGACUUAGUGAGGUGAUUGCUGAGCAUAUUGCUGGAGCUGCUUCGAGGGACUUUGGUACACUGGUUCAGCAGUGUAAGGACAUUGAGGAUGUCUGCAUAGCGAGUAAGGCCAAGAGGGCCAAGGUCGACGAGACCAAGGGGACUGUGAGUUCCACUCUUGUUUCUACUUCUUGGAAGGACAAGAAGUUUGCUGGGAAGGGCAAGGGUAAGCAGUUGGCGACUAGGCAGGCGCCUGGUCAGUUCAAGAGGGCUGCUUCACAACAAGGGAGUUCUGCUAGGCCUCCUUCCGCUCCGAGAUGUUCGGGAUAUGGAAAAGAGCAUGUGGGACGUUGUGCUUCGGGGCAGUUGGUUUGCUUCCAGUGUGGCAAGGAGGGCCACUUCUCUAGAGACUGUCCGUCGUCGACGGCGAGAGUUGUAGUUGUUCAGGCAGUUCCGUUGCAGAUGGUUCCGAUGGCUUCUACUUCGGCACCUGCAGUGCCACCUUUUGUUGGGCGUGUGUACACCUUGGAUAGGCAGCAGUCGGACCGCGCUCCGAACCUUGUGAGAGGUACUAUGUCUAUUGGUGGUGUUGUUGUUGAUGCAUUGUUUGACUCCGAGGCUACGCAUUCGUUUGUUGCUACCCCGAUUGCUUUGGGGCUUGAGUUGCCCAUGUCUGUGCUUUCUCCACCGUUGCAGGUGACUACCGCCACCGGAGAAAUAUGUGAUUCUACCACUGUACAUCGCGAUGUAGCGUUUCAGUGGGAUGGCCGUGAGUUCUCGGUGGAUCUGAUAGGAUUGCCGAUGGCCAACUUGGAGAUUAUUCUGGGCAUGGAUUGGUUGUCUAGAAAUUGUGCACUGAUUGAUUGCUGUGCAAAGCGCGUGGUGAUGUCUCCGUGUGAUUCCACAGCUAGUUCCUCGCUAUAUAUUUCAUUGCUGCUGGCUAGGAAGGCCUUGAGAGCAGGGGCAUUUGGUUAUGUCAUGUUGGGAGGUUUGGUGAGUGGGACACAGAAGGAUAUCACUGGCAUUCCUGUGGUGGGGGAGUUCCUCGAGGUGUUUCCUGAGGAGAUUCCUGAGUUUCCGCCACAGCAGGAGAUAGAGUUCUCCAUUGACUUGUUGCCUGGUGUGGGGCCGAUUUCUUUAGCUCCAUAUCGGAUGUCGCCACAGGAGUUGGCUGAGCUUAAGAAGCAUAUUGAGAAUCUUUCAGCGAAAGAUUUCAUCCGACCGAGUGUGUCUCCUUGGGGAGAACCGAUCAUCUUUGUGAAGUAGAAGGAUGGGACAAUGCGAUUGUGCACCGACUACAGGCAGUUGAACAAGGUGACGAUCAAGAACAAGUAUCUCGUUCCUCAGAUUGAUGAUUUGUUGGAUCAGCUUAGGGGUGCUUGCGUGUAUUCCAAGAUUGAUCUCCAGUCCGGAUACCAUCAGAUUCGGGUGAAGCCGGAGGAUGUCCCUAAGACCGCGUUUCGUUCGACAUACGGUCACUUUGAGUAUUUGGUGAUCCCGUUCGGACUCACCAAUGCGCCGACAGUGUUCAUGGAUUAUAUGAACAGGAUUUUCCAGCCGUAUCUGGAUCAGUUUGUGAUCGUCUCCAUUGAUGACAUUCUGAUUUACUCCAAGACUGAGGAGUAGCAUGCGGAGCAUCUGAGGAUUGUUCUGCAAGUGUUGAAGGAGAAAAAUCUUUAUGCUAAGCCUUCUAAGUGUGAGUUUUGGCUCAAAACAGUCAGUUUCAGGGGCAUGUGAUUUCAGCAGAUGGAGUUGCAGUGGAUCCCAACAAGAUUGAGGUCGUGCUGGAUUGGGAGAGGCCUAACACAGUUACGGAGGUGAGGAGCUUCUUAGGUUUGGCAGGUUACUAUCGGAGGUUCAUCAAGGGUUUCUCCACGAUGGUUCUCCCUUUGACUCGCCUUACCCGAAAGGAGACUCCAUUUGUGUGGACUCACGAGUGUGAGGAUUGCUUUCAGGAGUUGAAGGAGAAGUUGACUACUUCACCUGUGUUGAUCCUUCCUGAUCUUGAG